AUGUUUAUGCAAGUACAUCGGCGGGAUAUUGGUGCCGGCACUAGUGGUGGUAGAACAGUUGAAGACAAUGAAGAUGGAGAUGAAGAUGGAGAUGAAGAUGAAGAUAAAGAUGAAGAUAAAGAUGAAGAUGCAGAUGAAGAUGAAGAUGUCGGGGGUGUCGAAAGCAGUGAUGAUGAGUACGUCCCAUCGGAUGAGGACUCAGAUGACGACACUGAUUUUGAGUCAUCUUCUUCAGUCCCAUAUGUUUUCGACGACAUAAGUGGAUGGGACAAGACUUUAGAGGAAGUAGAAAACGAUGGAAUUAAAAUGUGGGAUGGCAAUCCGUUGACACUAGGCCUUGAUAUACAUUUCGCCAACAAGCCUGAGGCACAAGCGGCAGUGGGAGAAUGGAACUUGGUACAUGGUCGGACUUUCCGGGUGAAAACGAGCUCUAAACGAAUAUGGUAUGUCGAAUGCGAGACGUGUGGACCUAAAUAUCCGAAAGAGCGCCUUCACGGCUAUGAUUGUCUGUGGAAGGCGCGAGUUUCGCUACAGAAGGCCACCGAUACUUGGAAAAUGGUGGUAUGGUCCGAUUCCCACAAUUGUCUUGGGGCAAACAAGAGAAACGAGUCCCGAAAUGUCACGUCUUCUAUGAUUGCUAGACUGGUUGCCCAAAAUGUGCGAAAACAUCCAGAUUUUGCAGUUGUCCAAAUUCAAAUAGAAGUGAUGAAGAGGACCGGUAUUGAUAAACUGUAUGAUCCAUAUGGAAUUCAUGCUCUGGGCCUGGGAGCGGAUUUUGACGGUUCACCCAAGAUCCUGGGUGGGGAUCUCGAUCUAUCUGAUUGUCCAUUGGGCACGAGGUGGUCCCGCGAGAAAAAGUUCAAGUUGUCGAUAUCCGGAGUAUCUCUUGUGGUACCAUCAGGUUACUGUGAAGUAUGUUACUGUGAAGUAUCUCUUGUGGUACCAUCAGGUUCUGAAAAUGCGAGGGGUUUUCACGGUUCUGCAGAGACCUUGCGCCUCAUGGCCACAUUGAUGGAGGACGUUCGUAGUCUGAGUAUUAUAGGCCAUCGUACUUUCGACGCGGACUCCUUUGGUUAUGAUCGCUUAGGCGAGAUUGCCCAGGUUGCUGAGCGGGUGUUGUCCGUCAAUGCAACAAAUGUUGUACGUCACGAUCUCGAUAGGCAUGUUGAGGUUCAUGACAUUUUGAGUCAAGAACUUGCACCUGUAGACCCGACCCAGCAACAUCCACCACCCAAACCUCCGAGGCGUUCGCGCAGAUCUCAGCAUGGGCGUGGGGGGCAAGAGAGAAUCACAUCAUCUCAGCCACAUCAGUCCUCCCAGCAUGAGCAGUCUCAUAUUCCCUUCACUGGCAGUUCAUCCCAUCAGUCUCCACAUCAUUCAUCCCAUCAGUCUCCACAUCAUUCUUCGCCGACCCAACAGGCGUUUUACCGUCCGAUUAUGUCUCCCCAGCACCAGCAGUCCAAUUUUUCCUUCACUCAGUUUUCCUCCCCUCAGACUUCUCAGCGUCAGUUUGGAGAUUCUUUUAUUGACUUUUCUGGGUUUAAGCAGAGUUCGCUAGAUGGCCAGUCGAUACAUUACACGAGUAACUUUCUUUCGAGUAUGUUCGAGGGUGUUGCGGGUCAGCAUCAGGCUGAUAACCCAGCUGAGGGUGAGCGUGAGAGUCAGGGUAAGGAUGAGGCUGAGGAUGAGGCUGAGGAUGAGGAUGAGGAUGAGGAUGCUGACCAGGAUGAUCAGUUUGAGGGUCAGGGUUAUCAGCGCCAUGAGGAGCAGGGAUCGAGUCAGACUCUAGGGACUCCACCGUUGGCUGUGAAUAAAGGCCAGAGAGUGAUGAAGGAGCCCGAUAGAUUGACUUAUAGCCUUUUUCGGGCUAAAAAGCCCAAGAAGAAGUAG